AUGAAUAAAUUAAAAAUAGAAUAUCAAACUAAAGAUGAUUUAAAAAAUGGAAAGCCUUCUACCAUUCAAGUAAAUGUGUGUGUUGAAAAAUAACUAUCUAAUAUUUAUAAAGAGAAAGAUGGUCACUUUUUGUGUAUAUCAUGUUUAUAAGAAGUAAAGUAAGAAAAUAUUUACGAUCAUUUAUUUGAUCCGAUUCAUAUACUUAAACUCUAAGAAUACUUUAUAGAUAAAAAUAACAAUAAUAAAAGUAAAAAAGAAAAGGUGUUACAUAAAAUGGAUAAUAAAGAUUAGUCAUUAAAAACAUAAUAAAUAAAAAAAGAACAUUUUGUUUAAAAAGAACAAAAACAAUAACCUUUAGUUAUUUCAUCAUAAGAUUAAAAUAUGAAUAAAAAUUGGAAUAAUAAUUGCCUUGAAAAUUAUAUAGAAUCCCUGUUGUAUGAUUUAAAAUCAAUUGGUAAAAUUUCUCUAUCUUUAAUUGUAUCAAUUUUGGUGAAAACAUAUUGCACAAUAACAGAUCUAUUAGAAAUGAAAUUUUCAUAAAUACUAGAUAGAAGUAAUUUUUAUUAUUUAAAUAUUAAUAAUGCUUGGGACAAAAGCUAUUUAAUUCUUAAACAAGGUUUUCCAGAUUAUUUAUAAGAGUUUAUAAAAAAGAAUUCAGGAUCUAAUAAACCAAUAAUUAAAUUAUUAGGUGAAAAUAAAAGAUAAUAUUUAAGCAAAUAAUUAUGGCUUGGAUGUUAAACAAUAUCAAUUUAAACAAAUGAUCUAGAAUAUAUUAAUUUUUUAUAAGGUUUAACUUUAAAAAAAUUAAAAAAAAUUACAAUCGAAAGGAUAACCAAAAAAACAACAACCUAUAUAGAUGAUUCAUUUUCAUAUUCAUAUUCAUCAGAAGAAGAAGAGAAAGUUUAACAUACUUAAAACAUAAUUAAAGUUUAAGAGGAUUAAAAGAUUGAAUAAACAAAGAUUAAAGAAAAAAAGCCAGUCAUUAAAAUCAUAAUAAGAUAAAAUCAAGUUUAGAAUUAAAAAUACGAAAUAGGAGAUUGA